AGUUGGUGGGAAGAUAUGUUAAAAGCUUCCGACGCUAUCGUUAUUGACGAAAAUUUUGGCCCAGUUAUAAUCGAGUUGAAUAAAAGCAUGCCUGCGUUACAAAAUAGUAAUCGGUAUGUUCACGAGCGGUAUAGUAUAUCGCUAGGCCCCGGGCCUCGGUGGUGUUCCGAUGUUCCCCACGCCGUAAAUGUCUCAGUAUGCUCAUUCGUGGCAGAGGGCAACGGCGUGGGGGUUUUCAAAACGCCCCCUGUCAAUGCUAAGGACUUGUUCGCAGAUGGUGUCAGCUCUUUGGCAAACUCACAAGUUGCCUCGAACUUGUGCUUCAAGAUCUCCCCAGUGGAGUGUCUAGAGGUCACCUGGGAGACGAUUCUGGUGGACCGCAAGCUCUACGUCGAGCUGCCCGCAGGAAUCCUUCCAGAAGGAUCUAAAGAAAGCCUGGUAACAUUACUGGAAUAUGCAGAAGAACAACUUGGAUGCUUGUAUGUUAUCCUGUGCUUCAAGAAGGCCAGGGUUGAUCGAGUGAACCUUCUGCGAGUAUUCAGCUUUCUUGGGUUCCAGGUGGUCACGCCCGGUGACCCGCUGGUCCCCAACACUGAAGACUUGAUGUUCAUGGUGUACACGAUUGACGACGGGUUGGAGUAAAAAUUGAGCUUUCCAAAGACCUGGGCGGCACGGACGGUGUUAUACACACUGUCAGGUCGGUAGUCGUCAUCAUCAACUGGGAACAAGACUUAGCAUUUUCUUAGCUAUACUUUUCUUGUCUUUUAGUGAUAACUUUGUCCAUUUGUGUGUUUGCGUGUUAUUCAGGGAUUUAUCCAGUUAGUCUGAACAUUGUGUCCUUCCCAAAGGAAUGUAGCACUUAAAAUUCUCAAUUUUUGUACUAACAAUUCCCAAUAAUAUAUAUAUUUAAUUAUGUCUAUUCUAAUUAAUUUAACAGUGGUGUACUGCAUCAUUCAGUGGCUUGAAAACAUAUCCCAAGGAUGAUUUACUCUCUCUAAUUGCCCCAAUCCCGUCAGACAUGGGAUCCUGGAUGAAUCCCUGCUUGUUAUUAUUAGUUGUGUCUUUGUACGACGGUGCCAGGUCUAUUCAGUCUUCACAAAUCACAUGAUCAUUUGUCCUUCAGUUUGUAUUCACUUGUGUGUCGAAAUUUCUUCCUUCGAAAGAAGCUGGGGCCUAAUUCACCGAUCUCUCUUAGGCUCUGCUAGACAGCAAAGCAUCCUCUUUGCAAGUCUUUUAGCAUUGCACUGCGAUAUCGCAAAGUUGCAAGAAUUUAGUGAAUAGGGCCCCAGAUAAAGUUACUAAUUAUCAGAACAAAAAUGUAGCUAAAUUACCAAGCAGUUUGAAGUACAGUCGAGGUGAACAAAUCAGAUUUGACUAAAUUAAUAUGUUUAUUUCUUUUCUUUUUUUCUUUUUUUUUUGACUUUAAAAAUUAUAAUGAAAGAUGGUUUUCAUUCAUAAUUCCUUCAGAUUAUUGUUAUUUUAAAAAUUAUUUUAAAAGGAAAAAUUGAGAACAUGCUCAUGUAUGGUGUAUAGAAAAUGUGUUAAAAUUAUAUUUAGACUGAGCUUGGUAUAUAACAACCAAUUUGAACAAAAACAUCCCUUUGCCCCAAGAACAAGAACUAUUUACUACUUUACUUUAUCAUUUUGCUGUUUCUUUUUAAAAGUUUGUUAUAUUUUAUUUCUGUAUUUAUACAAUUAAUGACCUCAAGAUAUUCCAGCAGAGAUGUCAAUUGUUCCUGUUUUUAGAAUUUCAUUUUGGUUUACUUUUUGUUUAUUGAAGUUUAAAAGAGAAUUGAACAACACACUGUGUAUUGCAACUUUCAAUAACAAAGUUGCUAAUUCAUUGGAAUAUAAAAUGUUUUAUCUAUUAUUCUCCUUUAUUCUUCUGGCAAAAUAUUAACAAAAUCACAGAGUAGCCUUAAUGUUGAUUUACAUAUGUGUUACACAGAUAUUCCACGAUUGUACUUUAAAAAUAAUAAUUAAACAACAUAAUUUACAUGGACUUCCUUACGUACAUAAUGAAUUUGACACAGAUACAGUUGACUGAUUCUGUGUAAUAUCAAAUAAGUGAACAUUUAAUGACUAGUCUUAGAAAAUGAAUUUACUAAUUUGUUUUUGGAUUGUCUAUUUGUCAGUGAUACUGUACUAAGAUGCAUGCUGAUGUAAUAUUUGUUAGGAUUGACUAUUUGGUUGCGGUAAUCUAGUGAGAGGUAUUUCCAUUGGUUACGUAGAGAUGGUUGUGAAGAGAGAUGUGCUUUGAUUGGUUAGUUGGGAGGUGGUACUGAGUAAGAUACGUUUGGAUUGGUUGUUUGGGAGGUGGUACUGUGGUAAGAUGUGUUUCGAUUGGCUACAUCAGAGAGAUACUGUGAUAAAGCUGUGUUUGGUUUGGGUGUGUAAAAGGUGUAGUGGUGUGAGUGUAAGUAGAGAGUGACAGUGUAUAGGUAAAUAGUACAAUUCAGAUCGCUAUUACAUGUGACUUGUGAGUAUCGCAAACUUUUCAAAACAUUCUGUAUUCUUUGUCACCUCAUCCUGAGAAAUCAAGAUUUAUAGACCUGGCAUAUUUUAGCACUUUUUUUAAAAGUAAUUCCUCUGCCAUGAAUUAACAUGUUACUAUUGUAAAAGAAAAAAUGUAUAAAAAAAAAAAAAAAAAAAAUGUAAUAGAUAUAUAAAUGCUUGUAUUCGAUAGGCUUUUUGCUUUAAAGAUUGACUCGAUGUAAAUAUUUGUGUAUUUUAGUACGUUUGAUGCAAAUAUUUCCAUGUGUUUCCUUUAUCUCAAAUUGUAUUUGUGUUGCUUUGAGCUGGUGUCUCUUUGUCUUUGCUUAGAAAUAAAUAUGCACAUUUAA